GUUGGUGCACUCCCAGAGGUAGCGGGGACUGAGUGUUGUGACAUGCCGUCCCAACAGCUCUCCGCUGUAUCUACCAGUUUCACACGAGGAUUUCCAUAACAAAGUAUCCAAAAAUAAGCAACCCAUCGCAGUUUUGUGUGGGUGUUCGGACGUGUGGGGCGGAGAAUUCUGUAUAAAAACUUGGUGCCGAGUACCGACCAGGCAUACGUGCGAAAUGUAUCUUCUGCUGGCAGUAGCGGCGGCCCUAGCGGCAUCAGCUGCCCAGAGUCCAAGUCACGCGUAUGAGAGCAAUAAAGAGUACAUCUACGAGUAUGAAACACAGGCUCUCACCGGAAUACCUCAAGGAAGUACCAUCUACUCCGGUAUGAAAAUCAAAUCCGAUAUCAAAAUCCAGUUCCGUUCCAGAUCCUCUGCCACCUUAAAGAUGGACAAAAUACGCAUAGGCCGGAUCAAUGAUCCGAUCGAGUCGGUGAACCCAACCCAACAGCAGGUGCCUGAGGAGUAUUUUAGACCCCUCGUGGGAAAGGACGCCGAACAGAUGAUAAAGGACUUGUCUAGACCCAUCAAUUUCAGAUACAUCCGUGGCAACGUCCGCGAUAUUCAGCAAGAAGCAGACGACCCGGAAUGGUCCGUCAAUGUUAAGAAAGGUCUGCUCAGCAUUAUGGAAAUGAAUCUGGAGAAAAGAAAACGACUUCAACACAGUAGUUCCAUUCCUCAAGUUCUCCGUCCCAUGUCUUCCAAUGAGGGUUCUAUGUAUAAUGUUAUGGAGCCUAGCAUUGGCGGUGAAUGUGAAACUUUGUACAAAGUCAAACCUCUGACAUCAACCAGUGGUGAUCCCCAAAUUCAUGUGACCAAAGUAAGAAACUACGACAACUGCAUAAAUAGACCGAAGUAUUUCGCCUCCAUAUUUCAUGGGAAACAGUGCGCUGAAUGUAUUAAGGCACGGUCUGAGCCCCUGAAGUCCGUGUCACUGGUCCGAUACACACUGAUAGGAAGUUCUAGACUGUUCCAGAUCCAGAGCGCCAUCUCUGAAAGCCAGCACGUAUUUACUCCAUACUCUGACAAAGGCGGCAGUAUCGCUACUUAUCUAAACCAGACUUUGAAUUUAGUCAAAGUUGGAAUUGUCAAAGAAAGUCUGUCGCAGCCAAAAAAUCGAAUGAAGGUAAACGAUGGACUACUGUACGCAUCCCGCGAGAUUGAAUCACGCAACGAACACUCUGGCAGCUCACAGCAAUCGCCAUCCUCCAAACAGAGUCCCACACCAAAACCAAUCAGCCAGCUUCUGCAGAAAACGGCAAACCAAUCAAAAGAAAGGAUAAGGAAAUUAUUGAAGAUGUUGGAGGAGUUUAUGAAGCCCUAUAUCCAGGAAGAGGCUGGCCCGCUAAUGAUGUCGCUAUUGGAAGAAAUCCGAAAGGCUGACGUCGAGAGUUUGAAGGCGGUAUUCCGCGAAACGGUCCAAACUGCGUCCUCAGACAAAAAGAAAUUGAAGAUGCUGAUGGAUCUCCUGCCGUCUGCUGGGACCGCCCCCGCCACAAAAGUGCUUGUCGACGCUAUCAUGAAUGAUCAGAUCUCAAAGCCGGAGGCCAUCAUUGCUCUAAAUAUUCUAUCCUUAUCAGCCCGACCAGAAGUUCUCAUCGCCAAAAAACUUUUGGACCUUACACAGAGCAGCAAACUGUCGCAAAAUCGAGUUUUGAAGAGGACAGUCUUUCUCUGUUUGGGAGCAGUAGCUGGAAAGCUGAGCGAAGAAGAGCGGGAAAAGUAUCGUGAAAUUUCACAACAAGAGGUGACCGUACGGACACUUCUUGCAAAGGAAUCAAAUUCGCAAAGCAGAAAAAAAUUGAAGUCGAAGAAGGUGGAGUUGGAGGAUAGGAAAAAGAAGGAAAAACGCAUUCACGCUCAAAUCAAACAAGAAAUCGUUAAGGAGAUCCAGAUGUUAAUGAAGUCAACUGUAUUGGAUGAUAAAAUGUUAAGCUUUAAGACUGCUGGGAACGCCGGACUUCGUGAGUUGAUUCCCAGUGUCAGAACUUACAUCGAGGAUAAAUCCCAACCACAGAUCCUCAGAACGCAAGCCAUCUACAGUCUUAGAAAACUCACCAGUCGAUAUCCCCACGAUAUUCACUCAAUGCUGCUGCCCAGAUAUUUUGAUCGAACAGAAAAAGAGGAGGUUCGAAUAUCCUCAUACUUAGUUAUGGCAUCCACCGACCCUUCCCGUCAGAUCCUAGAGAUGGUCGCCCAUUCACUACACAAGGAGACCAAUCCACACGUUGGGACAUUUGUUUACACACACCUGGAGCAGUUGUCCAAUAGUACAUACCCCUGCCUCUUGUCUUGGGCGAAGAACGCAACAUUUGCUCUGCGUUUUGCGAAGAAAUUUAACCCAAUGUUUUACUACUCCAGAUUCCUCCAUCUAUCUGGAUAUGCAGAUAAGGUCAAAAUGGGAGCAGCUGUAGAUCUUGGUCUCAUUACAUCUCCAGAAGAGUUCAUUCCACGAGCUGGUGCUGUACAUCUUAACACGCAUGUUCUUGGGAGUUCUAUUAACCUCGCUGAGGUCGGAUUCAACACUGAGGGAUUGCAAACACUUGUUUCAAAAUUGAUUAGUCCUCUAAAUGAACUUACAAAAGACAAAUCAGUUGUAGAAGUACUUAAACAACGAAUGCGCCGCAGUACACAGACGCAAGAAACUUCCAAUGAUCCUAUAAGUCAAAUUCACCAAAAGUUGAAAGUAUCACCUCGCACAAGUCCUGACCCCAAAGGUCAUCUGUACAUAAAACUGAUGGGCAAUGAACUACAAUAUCUAACUCUGGAUAGCAACUUGGUAGACACAUUGCUAAAAGAAGGGAAGAUUUUGCUAGGUGUGACAGAGCAAAAGUUGAGCAGUGGACUGGACCUCGACAUACACAAAUCCCUGGUGCCUCUUGAUGCUGACACUAUGAUUCCAACUGAGUCUGGUCUGCCACUCCGCAUGAAACUCCGUGGAAUGGCUGCAAUAAAAGUAACGGGCAAAGUCAGUGUGUCAGGACUUCCUUCCAUUUUCAAAAUCAUCCGUGCAGACCAACUUAAAAAAGAUAUCACUUUGAAUUUGGAACUGAGACCAAGCGUAUUUGUUGACAUCCGUGGGGAAAUGGAAAUGGAUGCAGUAUACUUUAAAUCUGGAGUUUCUAUUAAAACCAUGGCACACGUGGAGACGCCUCUUUCAGUCUCUGCUUCCGUCAACCUUCCAAAGGCCAAAGUUAUCGCUAAAGUUAACGUUGAAAAAUUGAGUGAGAGAGUGGCUAAACUGGAAAUUUCCCCAUCAGCAUAUUUGAAAGAAGUGCCGUCUGACAUAUCAAAAUAUCCUAGACCGAGAGAAUUGCAAGACAUCAGGGCUGCAGAAGGAGCGAAAGUGAUUCCAUUGUCGUUCGCAAUUGGAAAACGUAUUUUGGGUCUUGAAGUAGGAAUAAAUGGACAAGCUGUUGUCAGUGAUUUUGAGAUGAAUGUUCCAUACUACCCCAUGAUUGGAAAGCAAGAACUGGUUAUCACUCUUUCUCCAGGACUAAAUCCCCAGAAAUAUCUUGAAGUUCAACUUCAAGUACUGACCCCAAAACCAGAGUCUACCCAACAACAAUCAACCUCAGAUAAAAAUAAGAGUUCAAGUCAAGGAGGGAUCCUUUCUUGGCUCGGAAGUUUAGUAGGUAGCGAUCAACCUUCUCAGAGUCCAUCAUCUUCCUCUUCAUCCUCGCCUUCUGCUCCUCCAAAGGACAUCCAAGUAAAAGAUCCUACAUUAACAGCACUCAUUGAACAUUUAAAAGACUCGCAGUCUGCCCAGUCUGAGAAAUCAGUCGUAUCACGCAACAACAGUGUUGGAAUUCUUCUAAAUGUCUUAGGGAUAGAUGAGUCAAGGUCUAUCAAACGGCAUCUUCAAGUUAGUGUUGCAGCUGGAUUGGAUAUCAACUCGAGGACAACCUCUAUUAUCUUGUCUCUGGAUAGGUCUCCUGUUCCAGAGAUAGAAACAAAACCGUGGAAGAUUGAUGUUGCCAUCAACGUCAAUUUACCAACAAGACUUGUAGAUCCAUCGGAAUUGUUGUCCAAAUCAUAUCAGAAGGAACUUGAAAAACAAAUACAGGUUCAUAUAAGGAGGCAUGGGGAAUCUGAAUACCAUAGGCAGAUCGACCGAGAAGUACCGCGCCAACAGACUAAAGUUCUCCAACAACUAUUAAGUUCAACAGACACGCAGCAAAUUAUCGAUGAAGUCGUGAACACUGAAAUCAGUCAAUCAGAGGAGCCUUCGCUGAAUACUCAAGAUAAGAAAAUUAACAAACUUAUUAGAAAACAGAAACAAAUUUUGAAAGAAGUGAAGAAUAUCCAUCGAAGAGCAUCAGAUCCGUUAAGAGUUAAGAGUGUGAGAUCAAUGCUGUCAUCGGUGAUGAGAAAGUCAGAGAGAGUGAAAAAAGACGUAGAAAAAGAAAUAAGAUCUGUUCCAAGCAAUGAAGAAUCUGACACUCUAAAUAAAUAUUCCGUUUUACUUCAACAAAUAGUUGAACAAAUAUUGGAGGAAUCUGUUCGUUCUUCAAAGCAAUCGUUGUCGUCGAAAGACCAACAAGCUGUGGAGAAAUCACUAGAAACAAGCAAAGAAUCAUUGAGAACGAUACUGCAGCAACAGAGUUUACCCCUGGUGAAACCGUCUCAUUCUCAAUCCGGUACUGUUGAUCCCCAGUCUCCAGCUGAGUCUUCACAACAACAGCAAAGACAAUCAGAACAAUCACAACAGGGAUCAACGCAACGACAGAAACCAAUGCAAGAGUCUCAGCAACAGUCUCAAGACGGAGUGUCUCCAUCUAGUCCACAGCCAGGUGUACAGUCUUCAACAUCAAAUAGUCAGUUCCUACCAACCAGUAGUAGUCAGUCUCCUUUGACCAAGUCGGUGUUAGAUCUUCUACAGAAACAGACGGAAGCGAUUCAAGAAAUUACAAAAUCAAAAGAAGCGGAGGGAAUGAAAAGCAUUGACGAGAAGAAAAUAAAAGAAGCAGUGUAUUUAGCACAGGGUGUUGAUGAAAAGAUACGUGAAGAAGCUUCGACCUCAUCUCCUCAAGAUUUUGAAAGACUAAACCAGAAGUUGUUAAAAUCUGUUAUUCAACAACAACAAAUUACAAAAUGUUUAGAGCAAAGAAUAACAAAAUCGUAUCCUAAACAGUCCGAAAAGCAGAAGAAAGAGAUCAAGAAAUUAAUACAGCAAAGCAAACUUGAAACUGAUAAAAUGUCAAAGAUAAUGGCAGUGUCAAUCCAACACGAGAUAGAAAAAGAGGAAGCAAGUAGAAAACAUUCACAUGAUGAUCAAAAGGCACUCGAACAUCUCCGAAAAGUCCAUCUGUCACAAGUAAUCGCUUCCCAACAGUUGUCAGCUGCAGAAUCAUCAUCCGAGAAGUCCAUGGUGGCGGGAUCAAAAUCAAUUCAAAGGUUGCAGAAAAGCAUGAAAAUUUUAGAUCAAACAGAUAAACAAAUAGUCUCUGUAGUUAAACAAAGAUAUAUAAAAGACCGUCCUAUAGAUGUUAUCAACAAACUUAUAGAGGUUUCACAAAUGCAACACAGUUUGCUUGGAUUGGUUGCUGAACGCGCAAGAGAAGAACUUGUUCAAUCUGUUUCCAGAACUGAAACAAAGGACAAACAGAUUGAAACAUUGGAAAAGAGAGCCGAGGCAGAAAAAUUAGAUUAUCUCCAGAUGGUGAGAAAAAUAUUAGCAUCCAUAUCAUCUAAAAGAUCUUAUAGAAAUCUAAGUUGGUCUGAAAGACAGUCACUACAAGGUGUCCAUAAGGAGUUAGAGAAUAUCAGAUCAAUGCAGAUCAAACUCGAAGAAAAUGUCAGAAACAUGGAAAGAAAUCAAGAGAAGUCCGUUAAAAAGGUUGAUUUAUCUUCCAUUAAAAAACUUGUUGCGAAAUGUAAAGCCAUCCAAGACAACAUUGAAAAGGUAGAAAGCGGCAUCAGAUCAAAACGCCUUCAUCAGAUGGUGGAUGACACUACCAAGGAACCCCAAUGGCGAAUCGAAAUCCAGGAACAGAUUGUUGAAAAGGUGAAGGAACUCAUACCAGAUUCGGCAAUGAGUUCAAAAGAGAAAGAGUCCGUCCAAACGUCGUUAAAUCAUCAGGAGAAUAAAUUAGAGAAACUGCAAGAGAAGCUCCAAGAACUUCAAAUGCAAGAAUCUCAACAAAAUAGCAGUUCGUUAAGCUGGUUCUCACCAAGUCAGUCUCCUCAACCUAUCAAUACACAACAGCAGGAGGACGAACCACAAGUUGUGAUGUUUAACUCCCAAGAUAAUGCAGACUACGAUGAUGAAGACGAUGACUCACUGCCAGUAGAUGAAGUGCAAAAAAGCACACAUAAGAAAUCUCAAAGUUCGUUACAACGAAAAGGAAAGAGCCUAAACUCCAAGAUUAAAGAUUCUGCCAAACAAAAAUCUGUCAAAUCCAGUGGCCGUAAAGGAAGAAAGAGUUCAAAGCAAUCCUCGGCUCGUGGUGAUCUACUAGCAGAAACCGAAAGGGAAGUUCGUAUAUCAAUCAAGGCAGAGUACGGGUCACAGGGUGAAAAGAAGAAAUAUUUUGACAUCCAGAUUCUUGGAACACCAUCGCUGGAACAGCUGUUAUGGGAAAGGGCUCAGAUGUCACCAUUAGAGAGAAGCAGUAUAACAAAAAAAUAUCUGAAGGAAAAGAGUGAUGGUUCCGAAGAAGUAACGGCAGCUUAUCUCAAACUCAGCUGGGAACUUAAUCUUCUCCGUCACUUACACGUCCGUGCUCAUUAUGAGAGGGAAGAAAUUCCUCGAGUUGUUGAGGAACUUGGAUGGUGGACCCACGAAGCUAUCAAAGCUUUACUGUAUCCGCACUUGUCUACAGAGUACCCCCACUCCUUCCGUCCGAGAGACAGACUGGAAAUUCGCAUGGACUUCAGGAGAAACAACAAACAAUUUGAUAUAGAAUUAAAGCUUCCUGAGGAAUCCAACUUCUUCCGAGGAAUUUCGAUACCAUAUGUUGGGCCAUUCUUGUUUGAGUCGACAGAAAAUAUCAGGGGUGUAAUCCAUCGUUCCUUACAGAAGACGUUGUCUAGCUUUACAAGCCGUCUGCCAGGACAAUGUGAGGUGAAACAAAACCGCAUUCGAUCACUGGACGGCAAGGAAUACUAUGUACCAGACACAAAGGAUUGUGAAGUCGUUUUGUCCAUGGACUGUUCCUCCUCAAAACAGUUUGCCGUUAAAUCAAAGAAAGAUUCGUCCGAUCCAUCAAAAAGGUCCCUUGAAGUUCACGUAGAAGGCAGAAUGAUAGAGGUUGUUCCGAGCAGCUCCUCUGUAGACGUUAAAGUUGAUGGUAAAAAACAAGAUGUUCCAAAGGAUUCAUCCAUCAGCAUUAAGAUAUCAACUUCUUUUAGCAGCAAAGAAAAUUCAGCAAUAAAAAUCAGCCGACACCAGAGCGGGGUUUCUAUCUUAUCGUUACGAAAAGGAGUAUAUAUUACAUCAGAUGGCAGUAAAAUAUCUAUCACGAUAUCCCCACUCUACUACUCUCAAGUUUGUGGAAUGUGUGGGAACUUCGAUGGAAGACAGGAAAACGAAUACCAGAGUCCUGAGAAAGUGGAUCGCAUAGACCCUAGCUGUUUUGUCCUUGAUUAUUUGUUUCCAGACGGUAAAUGUGAUUCGGAGAGUGUUCAAAAGGAAUGUCAACAGCCCCAGGUUUCAUUUUCAUCAUCAAGAUGUAUGCCAGAGAGUAAAACCAUACGUAGAACGCGUCUGUAUAAAAAUAAAUCACAGCUCUGUCUCUCCCAAAGUCCUGUAAAGAGUUGUCCGUCUAACUGCGAGCAGAAGGAUACAAAAUCCAGGGCCGUAAAAAUGGUGUGUUUCUCUCACGAGAGUGCUAAAGCCCGCGCGUGGGAAAAGACCAGCUUCAAGCGCCCCCUAACGGAGUUGAAGUCUCAGCAAGCAGACUACACAGAAUAUGUACAAGAACCCAACAGUUGCAGAGAAAUAUAGACGGUUGGGGCUUUAUAUCACUUAUAGUUUUAUGAUAAGCGAUCCAUUAUAAAACUAGUGAUUCUAUAGGGCAUGGAAGAUGUACAGUCAUAUCAACAGGUCCUUGAGGGCUGCUUCUUUCAACGGCGCGUCCGUGCAUUAGUUUGGUUUCCAAUGUAUGCAAUCACUGUGUAGCAAGUUUUAUCAGGUUGUAACCAUUGUAUUUGCUUUCUUUCAAAUAAAUUUUGCAUGCAGCUGUAAAA